AAAUGCAUAUAGUUGUUUAAUUUUAGGUCUGAAAAAAGUAAAAGUUCGUGCACUGGAGGACCCCUGGCUGUCAGAAAUACAUCAAUGGUUCAAAGCAAAGAAAUUUUAUCCCAUAUAUCUGAGCUGGGUAUAAGUAAAGUUCAACUACGGCUUGAGGAUAUCGAGGCUAUUCUUCAAACCCUGGUAUAUGAUGGCAAAGCAGAAAGAGGGCAGGAUGUAGAAUCAGGUUCCGUAUAUAGAGCAGUUAACUCUCCAGUAUCCACACCAGGUUUUGUAAGAUCUCCUUGUGGGGUUUGUCCCGUGAUACAAGAUUGUGGAGAAUCUGGUCUGAUUAAUCCUUCCAGCUGUCAAUAUUUCAAGGAUUGGUUAGAUUUCUGAUCAUAUAGGAUCAAUCUUUCCAGCUGUCAAUAUUUCAAGGAUUGGUUAGAUUUCUGAUCAUAUAGGAUCAAUCUUUCCAGCUGUCAAUAUUUCAAGGAUUGGUUAAAUUUCUGAUCAUAUAGGAUCAAUCCUUCCAGCUGUCAAUAUUUCAAGGAUUGGUUGGAUGUCUGAUCAUCUAGAUUGAGAAGAUCGGCUCUAGUCAGUCUUUAAGCACCUAAUAUAUCAAGAUUUUGUAAAUGCUGUGAAUUAAAAAAUGUGAAAAUCAAUUAUCAUGCACUGCACAGUUCAUUAAGAUUUUAUUUAGUUCAUGAUGAUUAGUACAUUAAGAAUUAACAAACUGUGAUUAUUAUUAUUUAAAUAUUUAACCUAGUAAUCAUUUCCAUCCUGCCAAUUGCUAUUUUUAACAUUUUUUUCAGAAAAUUUAAAUGAAGAAAAAUGGAUAGUGAAGUAGAUGCAGUCGAGCUAGGAAUGCUUGUUGAUCCUGUGCUGGCUGAAGGAGAGGGAGUAUACCCUGUAGCAGGUGUACUCCCUGUAGAAGGUGUACUCCCUCUAGGUGAAGGUGGUGAAGAGGAUGUUCCUGCGCAUAGUAUCACCAUCACAAUCAAUGCCAAGGGUGAGAUAAAUAUAGAUCAAAGCGCGCUAGCUGGUGUGCUUGGAUCAAACCAGAAAAGUGCUCGGGUAACCUUUGUCCGAGUAGGAGAGGAGGGGGUAGUAGUGGAGAACCAGGUUGAUCUAGAUGCAAAUGAGUUGAUACAAGCCAUGGGAGGAGAUCCAAGUAUGAACCCGAUGUUAAUGCUGGAUCAGGAGCAAAUGUUGAAACUUGAAUCUGUUCUUCAGUCUGAUGAGGCGAAAACAUUCUUGGGGGAGGCUUAUCAUACAGACACUAACAAUCCUGGAGACAGUUCCCAGGAGGAAGGAGAUACUAAGCGUAGAUCCCGUCGUUCUCAGCGUCAACAAGACAAAGAUUUGCGUCAGUCAGCGCAGGUCAUUCAAGAAGCAAACAGAAAGAAGUCCGGCCCUGUGAAAUCUAUGCGAGGAGGGCGGAGUCGGGGAGGUGGAAGACCUCAGCGGCGGCGAAAGAUCCCCGCCAGUCUUCAUGGAUUUGAGUCUCCUUUGGUAAAGGAGCGGAAAGAGCGAAGGAGCAAGGGCGAGGUUGGGGCUGAGGAUGAUGAGGAUAAAGAUGAUGAUGAUGAUGAGUCUAGUGAGGAGGAUGAUAGCUGGGCUAGUGAGGAUGAUCCUGAUCGGUUAUGGUGUACCUGUCAGCAACCUCAUAACAACAGGUUUAUGAUUUGUUGUGAUAUUUGCCUGGACUGGUUCCAUGGGAAAUGUGUUGGUAUCACCAAAGCCAAGGGAAAGGAGAUGGAGGACGCAGGACAAGAUUGGAAAUGUCCUAAAUGUCUCAAUCAGGACGGGAAGGAUAAGGACGAGGUUGUCGAGGCUGAGGAGGACAUGAAGGAGGCCGAAGAGGAGGAGGAGGUUAAAGUUGGGGAGAAGAACUCCAGUAAGUCUCCUGGAAGAAGGAGAAGGAAAAGUGAUGUCAAGGAGAAGGAGAAAAAGCCGAAGCGUCCCUCCUGUCACAUGUGCCAUAAUCCUCCUAGAGAUUCCUCCAUAUACUGUUCUGAAGCGUGCAUUAAAGCACAUGCAUCGCAGGCGUUGAAAUUACUGAAGGACUCUAACAAGGCUAAGUCUAAUAACACAGUUGUUGUUCUUGAACCUAAAACUAACACUUUGCUCAACGGACCUAAUGCACCAACACAAGCUAGUCUUCAGGAUUGGCUACGUGAUCAUGAGUCCUACCAUGUUGUGAUGCCAAGUGUGCCGACUAGUUCAAGGUUUUAUGAUCAUAAGAAGGUUAAGGGACCCAGAAUCGUCGAUCCACAUAGGGAAGGACACCAAGAAAUACGUAAACAUGGAGAAAAGAUGCAGAAUGUUAGUAAGGGUGUUGGUGUCGGGAAAGACAAACUUCUCUCUAAAGAAGAAAUACAAGCAGAAGUAAAGGCACAAUUAAAAAGAGCUAUAGCAAUGUCGUGUGAGAAACUAAGUAAACCUAAACGUGAGAGAAGAACAUCUGAGAGCAGAGUGAAGAAAAGGAUCGUGCACAAGGAUCCAGAACCUGUCAAGGAAUCUCCUAAACCCCAGGACAACAAGGUUUUAAGGUCCCAGAUAGUAAAGGGUGUCCGUGAUGCCCUAUAUGAGAAGGUCCAGAAGUGCUCUGAUCUUGUGAUUCCUUUUGAGAAGAUCCAGAAGAUUGCCGAGGAGAUUGAGAUUGCUAUGUUUGGUAUUUUUGGUGAGGUGGGAGCCAAGUAUAAGAACAAGUACAGAAGUUUAACCUACAACAUCAAGGAUGCCAAAAAUGAUGGAUUGUUCAGAAGAAUUCUUUUGAAAGAUUUGUCGGCAAUUGAGGUUGUAAGUAUGUCUGCUGAUGAAUAUGCCAGUAAAGAACUACAUGCAUGGAGGGAAGAAACAGCUAAGAAAGAUCUCGAGGCAAUCAAGUCCUAUGAGCUGGAUCUUCUGUCGAUGGGUAACACCUACCUCAUGAAAAGUCAUAAAGGGGAACAAGUUAUAGAGAAGGAUGAAGGUUUGGAUAAGCAAGAAGUUGUUGCCGAACUUCCAGAAGAUCAACCUGAAGUUAUUCCGGAGGCCUCAGUAGGUCCUAAGACCCGAGAACACCCGAACCAUGGGGAUGUAACGGUUGAACCUAUGUGUGAUGUUUGCACAGGUAAAAUAUCUGUGGAUACUUUUGUAAAUCUCAAGCUGAAGGAGGAGUUACCACACAAACCAAGAAGAAGAUCAAGAAGUUCUGACAGGCGAAAGAAGAAAUCUCACAAACAUCGUUCUGACAGGGAGAGUAGACAUAGUUCAGAACACAAACACAGAUCCGGUAGUAAACAUAGUUCUGGAGAUAAACACAAUUCUGGAGAUAAGCACAGUUCUGGGGAUAAACACAGUUCUGGAGAUAAACACAGUUCAGAACAUAGACACAGAUCUAGAGAAAAGCAUAGUUCUGGAGACAAACAUAGCUCAAGGGACAAGGACCGGCAUAGUUCACGGAGUUUAGAUAAGGAAAGGGACAAGGGCAGAGAGAGACGGAGGAGUUCCAAGGACGAUGGAAAGGACAGGCGGGGAGACAAGGACAAGGACAGGAAUCGAGAUAAGGACAAGCAUGAUCGUCAUCGACACCACUCAAGAGAGAAGAAGAAAACUGAAACAGUAAAAGAUAAAGUCAAAGAUGAAGAUUAUGAUAAAAAUAAGAAACUACAGGAGAAGAUUGAGAAAGCUACCGCUGCUAUUGAAGCUGCUAAACUAUCUGGCGAACAGUUUAAUAAGACAUUUGAGGAAGCUCUACGCAACCGGUCCCCGACCCCCUCCCCUACUCGAGGAAAUUCUCCUGAUCUUGAUCAUGAUCCUGUUCCUGAUCUUGAUCAUGAUACUGAGCUUGAUCUUCCUCCCUCACAACCUUCCUUCUCCUCACCAGCAGAGCAGGAGGUGAGCAGUACUAUCCGUACCCCUGAGUUGAUUGACCAUAGUUCCAUGGAUCCCGCGGUCUGGACCGGGAACGUCACCAUGGCUGAAGUCGCCAAGUUCAACGUCACUGCACAUAAGAUGAGUGGGGAGUGGGAUCACCUAUCCUCUGAUCUCGGAGGAUUCAUGAAUGUUAUUGGACGGAUUCCACCAGACCUAGUGUCUACAUACGUUCAACAGAUCAAGCUCAAUCCGCUAAAAGAGAUUGUUGUUCUACGGUUGGAUGCCAGGCAAGGAGAUGAGAUGAGCUACGAGACCUUCUACCAGUACCUCGCCACCAGGAAGAGGUUUGCCGUAGUAGGGAAUGCGAACAAGAAGAUGGUCAAGGACUGUUAUAUAUUCCCCCUGGACUCUGUAUCCCCUGUCCCCUUAUUUCUGCUUCCCCUGUCUGGACCCGGACUGCCGGAACUACGGGGGGAUACCCUGCUCUGCCUCAUCAUCAGAACUAAACGAAAACGACCAGGAGAUCAUCUAGUGCAUGCGCAUCCACCCACCAAGCUCAUCAAGCCUAGUAUCUACGAGCCUCCUAUUGCCACGCCUACCUCUGAUGUUCCGCCCUCCUAUUCGGAUUCCCCCUCCACCUCUAUUAAACCUGCACACACGCCUAUUCACCAAGACAAGGUUCAGUAUCCUCCAGUUGUUCCAGAUUCUGCUGCGGACGAGCCCUAUAGUCCUGAAGAUGAGGACGAAGCUUACGAUCCUGGAGAUAGUCCAGGAUAUGCUCCAGGGUAUUUUACUAACUCUACACCUUCUCAACCUCCACCACCACCAAGGAUCAGUUCCCCAGGUUUACAGACCGUGCAGAGUAGUGACACGGGAGGGUUCACAGAGCAAUUAAAAAAAUUACAGGAGGAAGUGGAUAAUAGGAAAGCAGAACUGGCAAGAAAAUUGGCGGAGAGUGAAAUGAGGUCUGGUGUAUUCAAUAGUCCACCUCCUAACUUCCAUUCCAGUGCACCAGCAUUUAUGACUGAUGUGGCCCAACCGAAAGGGAUUGACUUGAAACCUUUGACUGCUGGAUUUCCAGGGUCCACACCCAACCUUGGUAUUACAGGGGUCCCCCUUCUACCCCUAACAGGGUACCUGAAGGAACCUAGGCCCCUUCCGCCCCCAGGUCCUGGAAUGCCCGGGAACCGGUUUGGUGAAGGAGUACGGAAUCUUGAACUGGCAAGGGAGGAGGAGCAGAGAAGAGUAGAACCUAAUCUACUUAGGGGCCACAAUCCCUUAGAUAGGGGCCUGAUCAGUCGUGGAGGGCGAGGGUUACGAGGUGUGGGGGGUGUAGAGAGGGUCUGGAGCGGACAGGGAGAGAGAAGACCGGGGUUUGGCGGACGGGGAGAGAGAAGAGCUGAGUAUGGAAGAAAGGAGAGAACUGGAAGAGAUUGGGAAGAAGAAGAGGAUCAAAGGCACAACAGAGGAAGGCGAACUCGAUCUAGAUCAAGGAGUAGAUCAAGAUCGAGAAGUAGAUCAAGAUCAAGAUCUAAAAGGAAGCAUCGAGAACGAUCAAGAUCUCGGGAUCGUGACUCCAGGUCUCGGUAUGGCGGAAAUGGCGGGAAACGAUCUGAGCCUAAUGAGAUAGUGACUGAAAACUGGAGUGACGAUGAUGAUAUCAAAGUACUGGAAAAUCCUGAGGGUAAUAAAGACGACAUUCAGGAGCUUGAAACCAUACCUCUUCAAAUCCCGCAAUCAAAGAAGAAGGACGAUGUAAACUUGAAGAACGUCGACGGAGAUUUUCGACUAUACUUGAGGGAAGACGAUCGAGAAAAUACGCCAACCAUGGACGAACCAAACCAAACCUCCAAAUAGAAACGGCGGGAAAUUUUAAUUUUUUGUUGAGAACUAAGUAAAAAUAAACGCAAGUGCAAUUUUGUUGAA